CACGCCACCGUCUUCUCCCCUCUCUCCCCAAUCGAAUUCCCCACGGAGGCCGAGGAGAGGAGAGUGCUGCAGUGCACCCCGCGCGCUAGGGCUCGGGAGAGGCGGAGGAGACGCAGUCGAGUCAACUCCAAUCCUUACUCCUCCUCCUCCUGCCCCGCCCCGCCAACCCACACCCGCGGCAUUCUCUCCGGUGUUCCUCAAGGAAAAAAAAGGCAAGAGAGGCAGCAAGAUGGUGCUGUGGGUCUUCGGGUAUGGCUCCCUGAUCUGGAACCCCGGUUUCGAUUUCGACGAGAAGAUCCUGGGGUUCAUCAAGGGCCACAAGCGAACGUUCAACCUCGCUUGCAUUGACCAUAGAGGCACACCAAAGAAUCCGGCGAGGACUUGCACGCUUGAGUCCGAAGAUGAAGCCAUAUGCUGGGGAAUUGCAUAUUGUGUCAAAGGUGGUCUAGAAAAAGAGCGAGAGGCAAUGCAGUACUUGGAGAGAAGAGAAUGUGAGUAUGACCAGAAGAUUUCAGUUGAUUUCUACAAGGAUGGAGAUUCUCUGAAACCAGCUGUGACGGGUGUAUUAGUUUUCGUAUCCACUCCUGAUCCAGUUGGCAACAAAUACUAUCUUGGCCCUGCCCCUUUGGAGGAUAUGGCAAGGCAAAUUGCUACAGCCAAUGGCCCUAAUGGAAAUAAUAGGGACUACCUGUUCUCAAUGGAGAAGGCACUGUCCAACAUAAGCCAUGAGGAUGAUUCGAUCAUUGAGCUUGCAAAUGAGGUGAGGAAGGUCCUGAGCAGGUCAGAGAAGAUUACCGGCUCCGACAUAUCACUAAAAUCACAUACUCCUCUUGUGCACUUGUCUGCCCUUCCAGAGGGCACUGUCGUGGAUUCAAGAUAGUAAUAAAGAGCGGCAUGGCUGGAUCAGCGGAAGGAAAGGCAAUUUUGCCCGACCAUACUCACUCUUGACAUUGUCUGGUUGAAGGAUCUGCAUUUUGAUUCAGCUCUGGCAUAACUGAGGAUCCGUGUGUACUGAUUGUCUUCCAAGGCUGUAAACCUUUGGAGUGCUAGUGUGAAAGCCUGAGACCACGUUAUGUUGGUUCGUUUGAUACCCUAAUAAGAAACGCUUUUGGCGAGUUUACACACUUUUGUGCUGUUAAGUUCUGAUGCCUGUUUCUGGAUCC